AUGAUAGAACCUCUUCAGCCUACUUUUCAACAAUCCAACGAUGCUUACCGAAACCCCAAGGGGAAGGAAUCAGAGAUCUACACGUAUCCAGUACCACUCAGUCCCGUCAUGAACGAACAACAUCAUCACAAGGCCCCAAACCACAGACGACCUCUACUAUACGUCCCCAACACAUUAUGGACGCAAUUGUUUGCAGCAACGGUAAUCACGGAGACAGUUCUCACAGUCGCAAUUGAAAGCUGGAUUCUCGUGAGCCUGUGGGACGAUCUUGACGACGACAAAAAAGCAGACGGUCCAAUGCGCCUUCAGUCCUUUCUGGGUCUAUACAUUUUCGCCCUUCUAUCCGAACUGGCACUAUCAUAUGAUGCACUGCGCCGGAAAAACACAAUCCAGCUGGUCGGACUUUGUAUCUGCAAUCUGGGUCUGUUGACAUAUGGCAUUCUCCAGAUGCAGGAGAUCAAGGACACGAUCUCCAGCCUGACCGGUGAAGAUCUCAGCGACCAUCUAGAGGAACUAUAUCACAUUGAGAUAAUUCUUGUUCCGGUCUUCCUGGGCAUCGGGACUGUGUGCAUGAGCUUUUUUACGUGGAAGUUGCGCGCGGAGUUUUCGUGGUCAAUAUACAAGAAUAUCAGCGCGGAUUUGCAGAUGAAGCGUCGAUAUUUUACAUAUCAGGUGUAUAUCGCUCUCCUAAAAUUCGAUUUCUUCUUCGUAUUCGGAAGUCAACUACAAAUCCUCCUUGUCGUCCUCCAAGCCGAAGACGUCGAUUUUAUUCUCAAUGCCGCUUUGAUCCCGAUCACAAUAGCGACCUUGAUCCUGUCUGCUCAAUUUUGCAAGCGUGAGAAGACAAAAUCCCUUGUGCUUAUGAUGUUUUUUACGCUUAUUAUAAUGGGAUGCUUCGGUAUCGCCCUCUUUCGAAUCCACAGCCCCGCGGAGAGCGCUGAUUUCAGCUCUGUCAGGGUAUCUCUGACAUUAUUUGCAGCGAUAUCAUUGCUGCUGAUGGCUUUCACGAUCGUCAACUCCGUGAUAUGUAUCCUUAAUUUUAAGAAAGGAUUGAAGAUUCAUAUUAACCCUCCUAAAAGGCGGAAAAUUUCAGUCUCGUUGGAGCUCGAAUCCCAAGAGACACCUACACGGUUCCUGUUGAACUAG